UUUGAUAAGAAAAAUCAACGGAAAAAGUCAACAAACCUUGCAAGUGCUUAUCGGAGGCGUUGUCGAAAAGCAAACAUCUGGUCGCAAGACCAAUGCAGCUGACCCCUGACCGAGCACCCCAUGCAGGUUAAUCGUCAUUGCACUCGAGAUAUAGCCGAUGAGCUGCCUAUAAAAGACGUCGCCGGAUCGGCUAAGUGCAUAACAAGCAGACAAGAUGUACGACUGGUCGGGCAAGAAUGUGGUUUACGCCGGCGGCUUCACGGGCAUUGGAUUCCAGCUGAUGCAUCAGCUGAUGCAGCGGCAGCUUAAGUUGAAGAUGCUCGGCAUAAUGCAUCGCAUGGAGAAUGUGGAGAUGAUGAAGAAGCUGCAGUCGGAAAAUCCCAGCGUCAAAGUCGUAUUCAUGCAGGUGAAUCUAAUGGACAAGUCAUCCAUAGAGCAGGCCAUGAAGAACAUGGGCCAAACGAUGGGCAACAUCGAUGUGCUGAUCAACUGUGAGGAUGUGCUGCUCGACAAGGACGUGGAGACGACCAUGGGCGUCAAUUUGAUGGGCAUGAUACACAUGACAAUGAAGGCCAUGCCCUACAUGGACAAGACGCAGAUGGGCGCCGGCGGAAUGGUGGUGAACAUGUCCUCGGUCUAUGGCCUGGAGCCAGCACCCGCCUUUGCUGUCUAUGCGGCGGCCAAGCACGGCGUCAUUGGCUUCACACGUUCGAUGGGCGACAAGCGUAUCUAUCAGAAGACUGGAGUCAUGUUUAUGGCCAUGUGCCCCGGCCUGACCAACACCGAGAUGAUGAUGAAUCUGCGCGACAAUGUUACAUGGAGCCAUGCCGAGUCCAUGGUGGAGGCCAUCGAGAGCGCCAAGCAUCAGACGCCCGAGCAGGCUGCCAGCCAAAUGAUGAAAGCCAUCGAAAUGAUGAAAAUUGGCAGCAUGUGGAUCGUGAGCAUGGGCCAGCUGAAGGAGGUGAAUCCACAAAUGUAUUGGCAAAUGUAAAGCAAGCUGUGAGAUCA